AUGGCGGCUCUUAGCUUUUACUCCAAUUUCUCCUCUGACCCUUCUUCUUAUCAUCACCAAUUCCACCCUUUUUCCCCUGAAAUCUCGCCGGAGCUUUUCCACCUUCCUCCGCCCCAGCUCCUCCCCGACCCCGCCUUCGAUUACCUCCAUGCUGCCGUCGAUCACUCUGUCUUUUUCCCGACUGCUACUGCUCCGUUCUUCGACGACGUCUCGCCAUUUGUCUUUUCCGAUGUUUACCCCUACUUCCCGACUCCUGCCGUUGAUUCCUUCGUCCCCGUCUCGGCUGAAUUCUUCCCUUGUGAUGAAUUUGAGUUUUAUUGCCCCAAACGCCAGAGGGUCGUGAUGGAACAGAGUUUUUGUUAUGGCGGUGGCGGCGGUAAUGUAGGUGGUGACGGAGGUUAUUUUCCUCUGCCGGAGUUUUUUUCCGAUCAGUGGGAUGGUAGAUUGGGCAAUGCUGAACUGAUGAAUAAAGGUGAUUGCUUGAAAGGUACACUGACCCCGGCGCCGUUGCCGGCGCCGUCGAGUAAUAACUUAUCGGCGCAGACGAUUGCGGCCAGAGAACGGCGGAGGAAGAUAACGGCGAAGACACAGGAGCUUGGCGAGCUGGUUCCUGGCGGCAGCAAGAUGAACACUGCUGAAAUGUUGAGUUCUGCUUUCAAAUAUGUGAAAUUCUUGCAAGCCCAAGUCGCCAUUUUGCAAGUGAAGCAAGAAACAGAGCAAGAACAAGAACGUACAGAAACAGAGGAUCUUCAGAUUCUUGAAUCGACAAUGAUUCAAGAGAAGUUGUACGCAGAAGAAAAGUGUUUGGUUCCAAAAGGGUUCGUCCAAAAUCUUGUGAAUUCCCCUGAGAUUCAAUCCAAUCCGUCCAUUUUGAACUCCAUCAAUCAGAUUCUUCACAUGAACAGCAGCUAG